AUGGAUCGGGCGGAAGACCUCGUAAGGUCAAGGCCCGGCUCCAGGGGCCCGUCUCCAGGGAACAUGAGGCUUCCCCGGCACCCCAAGAAUCUCAACUACAUUGUUCACGAUCAAUGGGGAAGAGCACCCACCAAGGGACCUGCUCGCUCGUCUAACCCGAAGCACAAGGAUCCUCAGCGCAUACUACCCGACGAGGCGGUUGUUCAUAACGAUCCGGCGGCUGGUCAAGCCACUGCGGUUGGUAAAUUGCUCCGCUCACAAUCGGAUACAAUGGUAUCUGGUCUGGGAAACCCUCGACCCUCGGGCCCAGCAAACCGGUUGCACAUAUAUGGAAGCAACCCUGCAAAUAACCCAAUCAGUAACAUGCGUCCCAAUUACAGACAGACCUACAUGGAUCGAUUCCGCAGUCUAGUCUAA